UCAGGAAAAAACCUUUUUUUUAAACAACUUUAACAACCCCUCAAUUCUCUCUCUUUCUCACACUACUCCCCUUUCCCUCUCAAACAAUUUUCGUUCCCCCCACCCUUCUCCUAUCAACCUUCCCUGCCCCACUAGAAGAGGAAAAGCCAAACCCUCACCUCUCAAAACCUGCAACUCCUAACUUUUGCAGAUCGCAGCUCCAGUGCGUCCAUCCCACCAAAACAUCCACUUUAAGCAAACCCACCUUCCCAGGCCUUCUAAAGCAAGAAAGAAAAAUUGGAAGCGGAGCUCCAUUUAUCUCUCCCAAUCUGAUUUCUAUCUUUCAUUGAUAGAGAGUCUUUCUUUUUCUCUUCUGUUCUCCACCUCUAAUGUGGCCGCCAUGGAGAAAAUCACCAAGUCGAAGUCCAAUUCCAACACACAACUCAGCGAUUUUCUCUUGCUCUUCAUUUAAAGAUGUUCAGAAUCUAUUCAAAGAAGAGCCGGAUCCAAUUCGCCGUAAGAAAUCCAACAUCUUCCAACGCGUUCGCAUCGCAAAUGCAGUACUCCGUACCUUGUCCUGCCCCGCAUCACUCCCUCCACUUCCUCCAUCAGAGACCAAUCUUUUGCCUUCCCCAUCGCCACCGCCUCCACCAGAUCCUGGGACGCCGCCAAUCUCAAUCUCUCUCCCAGGAGCAGAGAAGCGCAUCGUCGUCUACUACACCAGCCUCCGUGUGGUCCGCAAGACCUUCGAGGACUGUAGAACUGUUCGAUCGAUCCUAAAAGGUUUCAGAGUCUUCAUAGACGAGAGGGAUCUAUCAAUGGACGCUGGGUUAUUGGAAGAGCUAAAGUCGAUCUUAGGUAGUAAGGAGCUGAUGCUGCCUAGGGUUUUCAUCAGCGGUAGGUACGUCGGCGGUGCAGAAGAGAUCCGACAACUUCACGAGACCGGUGAGCUGAAGAGGUUCGUGGAAGGUUUUCCGGCGGCGGACACAGGUGUUUGCGAGGAAUGCGGAGGGCAUCGCUUCGUGUUGUGCGAUCAGUGCAACGGCAGCCAUAAGUGCUACAUGGAAAAAGGUGGCUUCAGGACUUGCCCAUCUUGCAAUGUGAACGGUCUGAUCAGGUGCCCUUCUUGUUAUUCUUCCGUAGGCUUUGAUACACCCAAGAAUCUCAAAGAAAGGGAUUUUUAACUUUUUUACAAAAUAGUAAAUUUUUUGGGUUAAGAAAAAUCAAAAACCAUUGUAGCGUAGGAAGGAGGGAAAACCAGGGAAGGAUAUGUUUUAUUAAUUUUUAUUUUUUUUCUUGAUUUAGUUGUUCAAAACAGUGAUAAUGUAAGUUUCGCACAUUAUCGCAUCAAUACUCCUUCGUCUAAA